GACACAUGUGUCUUCACUACAUUGCUAUUGGUGUUGAUAUGACCAUGAAUGAAAUACGGGUUAUGUUCGCUUAGGUGUCGAGUCAGGUUCUUACCAAAGGCUGCAGGGUCCUGUUGGUACGUCGAACAGUUCCAUUCCGGCGUCUGUAUCAAAUCGUGGCUAUAUUUCAAGCAUUGAACAAGAUACCCACAUGGAUGGCAUAGCAAUGCCAGUGGGUGCUCCCAAAAAGGAAAUUGGCAGGCAUCCCAUCGCACCCAAAAUCCUCAGUCUCUUCACCAGUCUUACAGACAAGGAUGCUGAACAACGUGUUAAAGCAGCUUUGCUCCUUGUUCAGCAAGUAGCAUCAUCCGAAGAACAUAAGCAGGACUGUGAUGUGCUGAGCCAGGAUGCCAGUUACUGCCUGCGGCGGCUGGUGCGAGGCCUGUCUUCAUCACGGGCUGGCGCGCGCGAGGGCUUCUUCACGGCGCUGGUGCAGCUGCUGCGCCAGGUGCCGGCCGUCGGUGCCGGCCAGCUGCUAUCAGUGGCAGCUGCGCAGCUGCCGGACGUGCGCGAGGACCGGCAGCGCACCGAGCACCGACUGGGUCGGCUACUGGCGGCGGGUGCGGCCGUGCGCGCCGGCCGGCUGGACGAGCAGCUGGCUGAGCUGACCUGCCAGCUGCUGUCCGCCUGGACAUACCGCGCCUACAUGCCGCCCAUGGUCGCCAGCUUCGUGGCCGAGCUGGUGCAGAAGGUGCCCGAGGAGCGGUUCCAGUCGGAGGUGUGGCCUGAGCUGAGCGUGCUGCUGGCUCGUGGCUGGCACCAGUGCGUGCCCGAGCGGCUCUGGCUGCUGCUCGUCUGUCGCCGCCAGUUCCCCGCCGUCUGCGACACGCCGUUCCUCAAACAGCACUGGGGCUCCAAGAAGCUGCUCUCGCCCAAGAACCACACUGCCAUCGCCGAGAUGAUCAAGGCGUCCGCCGCCACCCUGCCGGCUAUCCACCCGCUGGUGACAUCGCUGGUGGCGUUUGCCGUGGAGCGGCCGGCCGCCGAGCUGGUGGAGCUGCAUCAGCGCGUGCUGGAGCCGCUGUUGGAGGACCGCACCGCCGCCUUGCUCGUCAUGGCCAUGCUGCAGAUGGUGGUGCCCCACCUCACCACGCCCGAGCUGCUGGCGUCGGUGCUGAGCCCAGCCAUGGUGGGCGCGCUGGUACGGCUGCUGCCCAAGCGGGACCAGCGGACGGAGCAGGCGGCUCGCGGCCUCGGCUCGGCGUUGGUCAGCCUGCUGCUGGCGCCCGACAGCGACGCCCAGCUGCAGCUGGCGCUGGUCGGCCGCCUCGUCAGCCCUCCCGGCUCCAUUAACUUCGACCACAUGACUGGCACGAAAAUCCUGGCCCAGAUGAUCAACGGCCUGAAGGCUGAGGCGCUGGAGCCGUUCAGCGAGAUCGCCAUCAGCGCCUUCAACGGCACGCAGGAUGACCGUAACCAGUGCCUGGACCCGCAGUAUAGCAUGAAUGGUGGGAGGGGCCAUGCUGUCGAAAAUGACGGAAGUGAGCAGGAAGAUAGCGACGAAGACCUGGAGGCUGAGGAUUCCGAGGGAGGCGAGGAGGAGGAAGAGGAUGAAGACGACAGUGACGUUGAGGACGGAGAGGAGGAUGGCGAAGCGCAAGACGAACUGGACGCCAUGCGGGCCAAAGUCAAAGCGGCGCUGGGGGAUGACUCGGACGACGCUGUUUCGAUCGAUAUGGACGAUGUGCCCGAGGAGCACUUCGCCAAGAUGGACGAGGCGCUGGCGGCGGCGUUCCGUGCCAUGCGUAAGGACAAGCGCAUGAAGCGGGGCGGCCGCCAGACAGACGAGGAGCAGGCGCUCAUGCACUUCAGGAUCAGGGUGCUGGACCUGGCCGACGUGUACGUGCGUACGUACAGUGACCUAGGCGAGUGCGUGUACCCCACGCGGCUGUUCAGCCAGCUGCUGGUGCGCCUGUACCGGCGCACGCAAGCGCUGCUCCUGCUGACGGCCGCCUUCAAGAACGGUGCGCUGAUGAAGCAGGUGCCGGCAGAGGACGUGUUGGCGGGCGUGUCCGCCGGUGACGGCGUUAAGACCAAGUACCUGAGCUCGGCGCUAGAGGCGCUGCUGUCGCUGCGGCCCGCCGACGCCAUGUCCAGGGUGGACAGCGGCCACGAGACGCUCGCCGACGACGACUCGCCGACGCCGACGUACGACAGCGAUGGCGGCGACCUGAACACGACCUGUCCGAGCAGCACAUCUACGACCUGA